GAGGGAGGCGCAUGCGCCGUUGGAAGGGACGGAACUUUGAUUCAGACUCGUUGGAUCCGGCGGUGAACAGCUAGAUUAAAGGGGCACAACGCUGGGCAUUAUGGCCGUCGGCACGGGAACAUCCUUGGUUCUGUCUUCACUGCUCUGUCUCCUGCUCUUCACCGGCAUGCAGAUGUACAGCCGCCAGCUCGCCUCCAGCGAAUGGCUGACCAUCCAGGGGGGCCUCCUAGGCUCCGCCCUCUUUAUCUUCUCCCUGACGGCCUUCAACAACCUGGAAAACUUGAUUUUUGGCAAAGGAUUCCAAGCCAAGAUCUUUCCGGAAAUCAUCGUCUGCCUCCUGCUGGCCUUGUUUGCGGCAGGAUUGAUUCACCGAGUCUGCGUCACUACCUGCUUCAUCUUCUCCCUGGUGGGCCUGUACUACAUCAACAAGAUCUCCUCCACGCUGUACCAGUCGGCGACUCCGGUGCCCGCCCCCGUCAAGGCUGUCAGCAAAGGCAGGAAGAGGAAUUGAUGCCCCGGAGGGAGGCCGUUCCUUCCUUCUUAGUUCUGGGUAGGGGAGAGGAUUCUGUUCAGCACAAUCGACUCAUCGAAUAAAACUUUUUUUCUUAAUAAAACAAA